CCUCUCGGCCCAAUUCCACAAAUAAAAAUUUGGUUGUUGCUUCUGGAAACCUCUUUUUCCUUACAGUCGGACUCUUCCAAGUUCCACCCCCAUCUUUCACCCUUCCUCGGCCUCCUCCCCAGAAACUCUCACAAAAAACUAAUCGACCAAAAUUCACAAAACUCCGGCGAGUUUCUUCACCGGAGAACCACCAAAACCCCAUCUCCGACGCCGUAAUCGUUAGAAGAUGCCGCCGAAACAGCAGCAAUCGAAGGCCGAUCUAGCGAAGAAGCAGAAACAAGUUGAGGAUAAGACUUUUGGUCUUAAGAACAAGAGUAAGAGCAAAAAUGUUCAGAAAUAUGUUCAGAGCCUCAAACAAUCCGUCCAACCUAAAGUUGACCCUAAAAAGACUGAUGCUAAGAAAAAGAAAGAAGAAGAGAAGGCAAGGGAAAAGGAGUUGAAUGAUUUGUUUAAGAUUGCUGUUACCCAGCCCAAAGUUCCAGUUGGUGUUGAUCCCAAGUCUAUACUGUGCGAAUUUUUUAAGGUAGGGCAGUGUACAAAGGGUUUUAAAUGCAAAUUUUCACAUGAUCUAAAUGUGCAAAGGAAAGGAGAGAAGAUUGACGUUUACUCAGAUAAGCGUGAUGAUGGAACAAUGGAGGAAUGGGAUCUAGAAACCUUGGAAAAAGCUGUGGCAGAGAAGAGCAAGGAGUACAAUCAGAACAAACCAACUGAUAUUGUAUGUAAACAUUUUUUGGAUGCUGUGGAGAAAAAACAAUAUGGUUGGUUCUGGGUAUGUCCAAAUGGUGGUAAAAAUUGUCAUUAUAGGCAUGCUCUUCCACCUGGUUAUGUACUAAAGUCUCAGAUGAAGGCUCUGCUAGAGGAAGAGGCUGAUAAGAUGCCUAUUGAAGAAGAGAUUGAGGAGCAGCGAGCAAAAGUGAAGUCUACCACGCCCAUGACUACAGAGUUGUUUCAACAAUGGAAGCAGAAAAAGAUAGAUGAAAAAGCUGCUAGCAUGGCUUCUCAGAGUGCAGAGAGAGCCAAGAAUGAUAGAAUGAGUGGACGAGAAUUAUUUUUGUCAAAUGCUAGCUUAUUUGUUGAUGAUGUUGGAGCAUGGGAUCAAUAUGAAAGGGAAGAAUCUGAAAAUAAUGAAACAGAGGUAAAUGAGAAAUCUGGUAAAGAGGACCACGUCAAUUCUGCUCAUGGUGAUACUGCUGCUCCUAGCAGUUCAGGUGCAGUGAAUGAUGAGGACGACGACGAUGGUCUGGGUGACAUUGACGAUGACCUGGAUAUGGAUGAGUUGGAAGAGCUGGAAGCUAGUUUGUCGAGAACAUCUAUACAAAUAAAGGAGCCUGGUCCCAGUGCGUAAACAAUUAAAACUUCAUGCUGUCCGCACUAGUUUAUAGUGUAUUUGGAUAGCAAUGGUGGAGGUUGAAGGAGGGAAAAGAGGGCAUGUGUUUUCCCUCCAAUCUUUCCAACUUCUGAAGAAAUUGGAUCCUUCUCAUUUCCUUGGGUUCUAUUCCCCCAAUAUUUAUUCAAUUAGGAAAAUGGAUCCCUUACUUUCCUUCCCAUUCUUUCUCUUCAAAUCCACUUGUCCAAAACACACUGUAAACACCCAGACACCCCUGAUUUAGGUCUGUACCUCCCUUUUGGGGGUAUUUAUAUACCUAUAGGCUGCAUUUAGUGGUUGUUGAAUCGGGCCAUUAGUAUUGGGAAUAUAUGUUGUGAUUUUGAGUCUCCAAGAUUACUAAUAAUUCAAUCUAGUGUUUUUUUUUAUGCCUGGGUUAUUUUCGAGUUUGGACAUUAAUCACUUAUUGGGUCUUUUGGCUUUUUGUAACUUACCAUUUGCAUAUGAAUGCUUGCUAUAUGUUGUAGCUUUAUUUCAAUGAUUAAUCUUCAGCAUUAGUUUGUUUGUUUGUUUUUUU